CAUCGCCCCUCCCGGAAGUUGUGACCUUCCUCCGUGUAACUUGACGGUAAGCGGCGCUCAGCCGGAGCCGCCUGGACGUCCACACGGAGCGGCGCAGCUCAGCGGGGCUCCGCCACACAGCAGAUGCGCAGCCGGGAUGAGGAGCGUUGUCGCCGCCUCUCUGUGCGGCUCCGGUGCUUCGGUUUAAAAAAAAGAUGCUAUUUCACAACCGAGAAGCAACCGAAACAAACCGCGUUUACCGGCAAGAGGAAACCCAGUCGACGCGAGUGAAGCGUGGGAAGUGUGGACCGGGGAGCGCGUGGAAAAAGUGAACGCGGAGCUUUUUUUUGGAGAGACUUUUUUUUCCCGUCGCUGGUCGUCUCUUUGUGCUGCGGGUUGCAGCUUUCCCCCCCUUUUGGAUAGGAAGGCCUCCAAGAUAGAUUCCCUCAGGAGUAAAGUGGACUUGCUGCGCCUCCCUCUGGCCCUCUCCUCCAAGGCCAUCAGCAGUCGUAAGAGCCAGCUGGGCGUGGUCUGGGAGAAAGGCGGCGGCGGCUCGGGGGCAGGAGGGGCCCGGAAACCCCGCCCACCGCCGGCCUCCGACAUGGACAACGAGUCGACGUACUCGGGCUACUCCUACAAGUCGUCCCACUCGCGGAGCUCCCGCAAACACAGGGAGAGGAAGGACCGGCAUCGCGCCAAGAGUCGCGACAGCAGCAUCCGCGGAGACAAGUCGGUGAUUAUCCAGGCUCCCGGAGAGCCGCUGCUGGACGCCGAGUCGACCCGGGGAGACGACAGGGAUGACAACUGGGGCGAGACCACCACGGUGGUCACCGGCACCUCGGUGGACAGCGCCUCCAACGAGGACCUGACGCGGCUGUCCAAGGACCUCGAGGACUCUUCGCCGCCGGACUGCCGGCGAUACCUCGGCCCGGCGCUGGGCGCCGUCCUCAGCCUCUUCGCCCUCGUCACGCCGCUCGCCUUCCUGGCGCUGCCGCAGCUCCUGUGGCGGGACACGCUGGAGCCGUGCGGCACGCCGUGCGAGGGCCUGUACAUCUCGCUGGCCUUCAAGCUGCUGAUCCUCCUCAUCUCCACGUGGGCGCUGUUCCUGCGGCCGCCGCGGGCCACGCUGCCGCGCUUCUUCGUCUUCCGCUGCCUGCUGCUGGCGCUGGUGUUCCUCUUCGUGGCGUCCUAUUGGCUGUUCUACGGCGUGCGGGUGCUGGAGCCCAGGGAGACGGACUACAGGGGCAUCGUGGGCUACGCCGCCUCUCUGGUGGACGCGCUGCUGUUCAUCCAGUACCUGGCCCUGGUGCUGCUGGAGGUCCGGCACCUGCAGCCCGCCUUCUGCCUGAAGGUGGUGCGCACCACGGACGGAGCGAGCCGCUUCUACAACGUGGGGCAUCUCAGUAUUCAGCGGGCGGCCGUUUGGGUUCUGGACCAGUACUACAGCGACUUCCCGGUCUAUAACCCCGCCCUGCUCAACCUGCCCAAGUCCAUCCUCUCCAAGAAGAUGUCCGCCUUCAAGGUCUACAACCUGGGCGAAGAGAACAGCAUCAAUAACUCGACGGGCCAAUCCAGAACCAUGAUCGCGGCCGCCGCUCGGAGGAGAGACAACUCCCACAACGAGUACUACUACGAGGAGGCGGAGGUGGAGCGCCGGGUCCGCAAGCGCAAGGCCCGACUGGUGGUGGCGGUAGAAGAAGCCUUCACGCACAUCAAGCGCCACCAGGAGGACGAGGGCCCCGCCUCCUCCCCCAAACACCCGCGGGAGGUGAUGGACCCCCGGGAGGCGGCCCAAGCCAUCUUCGCGCCCAUGGCGAGGGCGAUGCAGAAGUACCUCCGCGCCACCCGGCAGCAGUCCUACCACAGCAUGGAGAGCAUCAUCAACCACCUGCAGUUCUGCGUCACGCACAACAUGACCCCGAAGGCUUUCCUGGAGCGCUACCUCAGCCCCGGGCCCACCCUGCAGUACCUGGACACCAGCAGGGGGCGCCAGUGGACGCUCGUGAGCGAGGAGCCGGUGACCACCGCUCUGCGCCAGGGCCAAGUCUUCUCCCUGAGGCGCCUGGACUUCUCGCUGGUCGUCACGGUGACGCCCCUCCCCUUCUUGCGCCUGGGCGAGGAGUUCAUUGACCCCAAACGGCACAAGUUCGUCAUGAAGCUCCAGUCGGAGACGUCCGUGUAGCGGAGCGGUGACUCCGCGGUACUAACCUCAGCUUUCAGGGUAUCUACUCAUACCUUCUUUUUAAAGCCCAUUUUUCAUGAUUUUUUUAUUUUUUCUGUGACCAUUUUAUGUUGCUUCCUCAAACCGCCAUGUUUGUUCCUCAAACCUCUCGGUGCCGACUCUUCACUUCUGACUGCACUGCCGGCUGCUCUCAGUUUCCAGGGUGCUUGGCAUUAGUUCUGUCUCUUGGGAGCGAUCCAACACAUUGUUUUUGACAUACAUUUGGUUUUAAAUGACCACCUGAGUCGGAUUCCAGCCACAUUUAUAAAUGACGCGAACAACAUUUAUUCAGGAGAGUAAACCCGAGGGACGCGGACCGUCCCCUGGGGAAAUGGAAAAAGAUCUUCCGAGCGUCCGCCCACCAGACUCGAGAGGCUUCGCUCUAGCUCACUCUUUUUCAGAGCUCAUCCUGUUUCCCCCCACACCCUUUUUCAAAUAAUUUGUACUUUUUUUUUUUACUGAAUUUGGCCUCCGUAGGCUACACGCGUGCAGGAUCGGGAAUUCUAGAUCUCCUGGUCCCUUUGUCGACGGGAAGGGGGGGCGGGUGAGACUGCUUCCUGGAAGGUGGACACGCAUGUAGUUUCCACUGAAGGCGUGAAGUAAGAAACACUGGAUGGACUGAGCAUUUCACAAGUGCGUUGUUUUGUAUCGUCUCUCGCUCGGGUUUCGUCGCCUCGCCUCAUUCCUGGAGAACCUGCGGAUAUGCACUCCUGCACUGGGAGGGAAUGUAACGUUGAGAGCGCACCACAGGACCAGGAGCACCGCUAGUGGACGAGGUCGCCAGCACAUUACAGCCAAGUACCGCCAAUGUGCUUUCUUUUCUUUUACGGCAGCUUAAUGUUAAUGACUGUCUUUUUGAUAUUUUGCAAUGUGUGUGUGUGUGUGAGCAGCCAGACAAAGUGGGCAACUGCCUCAUGGCCUGUGACCCCCGCCCCCCCCCAAAGCCCCAGGUUCCCUCCAUGUAUGUCAUUUGAGUCAUUAAAAAGAUGAGUAUUUUGGGGUUUAAAGUGCGACAUAAUCUCUGAGGAGUCGUCCUCCAUCGCUGAACCCGUGUGACCCCGUCUGUGUCAAAAUCUAAUUUUAAUACUUUAAUAAAAAGUAUCCCACCGAUUUUUUUUUAACUGAUCAUACUUGCUGCAGCAGAUCCAGCGACAUGCCUUUUUUUUCUUCUUUUUACUCCAAAUAUCCUCCUUCCUCGUGGCGCCUACAUUACCCACAAUGCAGCUCAACUGCAUCUCGAUAUAUCGCGUCCUCGCCACGACUGUACACGGACACUUUUUCCAUCGACUAAUUCCAGCAGUUAGAUAAAUGUAUUUAGAAAGUGCACAAUCAUUUUUUUUGGGGUGCUUUUGCGUUUAAAUCAAUUUAACGCGUCCUUAAAUCUAAAUACUUGCAGAUUAAUUGUCUUAUUAGACUAAUUUUUCGAGUCCUUGAGUACUAGUUUGUGCUGUAUACUGUAUAUUCGGGGUCAAGAGGUUAAUCCGUGGGUUGAUGGUGCGUGUGCACAUCAGUGUGUCUUCUUCGUUUCGGUGCCGUUUUCUAAGGUUGUAUGUUUCCUGUCGUUUGUUUUUCUCCGAUGGAUCACUUGAUUAUAAGCUCCUAACACUGGUUCUCGAUGAACGUCGUCUUUUGAAAAGCGAGAUUUGUAUUUACUGCUGUGUGUUUUUGUUUCUUUAUUAUUAUUUUUUUAUAUAGGACCGAGUUGAUGUAAAAGGUUUUUAAUAAAUGAUCUCACCCAAAAAGG